ACACACAUCACAUGCACCAGUCAUCGUUCUCAUCCACUACUAAUUAAACACUGCAAAUUCUUACAAAAACUUGUUCAAAACUUAACCUAAUCCUAUUCUUCUACUGUAAUCUUUUUCUCUUUUGCCUUUCGCUUUUAACCAACCACUAAACUCCAUUCGGUAGAAGCCAUUUUAAACAAAACAAAACCAAUCGCAAUGCACGAAAAUCCGAUUUCGACUAAUUUUUGCACUGCAUCAGUAAGCAUAAUCUCAUUUGUCAUGCUUCCUGCUCAUUUAUUGCAAACAAUUUGUGGUUCGAAAUUCCUUCCUCCUAAUAAUUGAGAUUUCAGAUUAGGACACAACUUUUGUUACCCACACCACUCUCUCUCUCUCUCUCUCUCUCUCUCUCUUGAUGCCAAAUUUAGCAUCUCAGUUUAUUACUUCAUUCUUCUUCUUCUUCUUCGUUUUCUUUUACUCGCUAUGGGUUGCAUUUACUCGCGAGUUUGUAUAGGUGACAACUGCAGAGGCUCAAGCAUCAACGGAGACCCCAUAGCCAGAACCACCGACGUUGGAGAAGUGGCUAAUUUCUCGCCCACCUCUUCCGACGUUGAAGAAGGUGAAAUCAGAGACCAGCUUAACCAAUUGAGCAUCACGAGGGACUCCGAAGCGGGAAUCCGGAGACUAGCUAGGGUUUCAGCGCAGUUCCUGCCGCCGGACGGUUCACGAAUCGUUAAAGUGCCUUCUGAGAACUUCGAAUUGCGAUACUCGUUUUUGUCUCAGAGAGGUUACUAUCCCGAUGCACUUGAUAAAGCGAACCAGGAUAGCUUCUGCAUCCACACGCCUUUCGGUACGAGUCCUAAUGACCACUUUUUUGGUGUCUUCGACGGCCAUGGUGAGUUUGGAGCUCAGUGCUCGCAGUUCGUGAAGCGGAAAUUGUGUGAGAAUUUGCUCAGGAAUUCUAAAUUCCGUGGUGAUCCUGUUGAGGCUUGUCAUGCGGCGUUUUUGGCGACGAAUUCGCAGCUGCAUGCUGAUGUUUUGGAUGACAGCAUGAGCGGGACGACGGCGAUCACGGUGCUGGUGAGGGGGAGGACGAUAUUUGUGGCGAAUUCCGGCGAUUCGAGGGCGGUGAUCGCGGAGAGGAGAGGGAAGGAAAUUGUGGCCGUUGAUUUGUCGAUUGAUCAGACGCCGUUUAGGAGUGAUGAGCUGGAGAGGGUGAAGCUCUGUGGGGCGAGGGUUCUUACUUUGGAUCAGAUUGAGGGGUUGAAGAACCCUGAUGUGCAGUGUUGGGGCACUGAGGAGGGUGAUGAUGGUGACCCUCCGAGGUUGUGGGUGCCCAAUGGGAUGUACCCGGGGACGGCUUUCACAAGGAGUAUUGGUGAUUCUAUUGCGGAGACUAUUGGGGUUGUGGCGAAUCCUGAGAUUGUUGUGUUUGAGCUCACGCAGGAUCACCCUUUCUUUGUGCUUGCUAGUGAUGGGGUGUUUGAGUUUCUCUCUAGCCAGAGUGUGGUUGAAAUGGCUGCAAAAUUCAAAGAUCCUCGUGAUGCUUGUGCUGCAAUUGUGGCAGAAUCUUAUCGACUCUGGCUGCAAUAUGAAACUCGUACAGAUGACAUCACAGUCAUCAUUGUACAUGUAAAUGGGCUAACUGCUGAAUCUACUGUUGCUCAGUCGGCUAGUUAUGGUGAUGUUUUGCGAAAACCUGUGCCACAAGUCGUAGAGGUGACAGGUUCAGAAUCCCCUUCCACCUUUGGCUGGAGUGCUAGAAACCAUCGUGUAAGACAUGACUUGUCAAGGGCACGCCUCCGAGCACUUGAAAAUUCCCUAGAAAAUGGGCAAGCUUGGGUUCCUCCCCCUUCUGCCCAUAGAAAGACAUGGGAAGAAGAAGCACACAUAGAGCAGGCAUUGCAUGAUCAUUUUCUCUUCCGAAAACUUACCGAUUCUCAGUGUCAUGUUCUAUUGGAUUGCAUGCAAAGAGUGGAGGUCGAACCUGGGGAUAUUAUAGUCAAACAGGGUGGUGAAGGUGACUGUUUUUAUGUUGUUGGUAGUGGAGAAUUUGAGGUCUUGGCAACUCAGGAAGAAAAAGAAGGCGAUGUACCUAGGGUUUUGCAGCGCUACACAGCUGAAAAACUCUCAUGUUUUGGAGAGCUUGCUCUAAUGUACAACAAACCACUCCAGGCUUCUGUACGUGCUGUAACAAAAGGAACACUUUGGGCUUUAAAACGAGAAGAUUUUCGUGGGAUAUUAAUGUCAGAAUUCUCUAACUUAUCCUCAUUGAAGUUGCUUCGAUCUGUAGAUCUCCUCUCAAGGUUAUCAAUUUUACAACUCAGUCAGAUUUCUGACUCCCUUUCUGAAGUUUCCUUCUCAAAUGGGCAGACAAUAAUAGACAAUAAUGAAAUCCUUGCAUUGUACAUUAUACAGAAGGGAUGCGUAAAAAUCACUUUUGAUUCUGAUUUGUUGACGAGUCCAAAUGCCUACAGCCUCAAGCCUGACAUCCAAAACGAGGAGAAUGAUGUUCAGAGCAGAACAGAACUAUCAAUAGAGAAGCCUGAGGGAAGCUAUUUUGGUGAAUGGACCCUUUAUGGUGAACGUAUUGGUUCCAUAAAUGCUGUUGCUGUGGGUGAUGUUGUAUGUGCUUUGCUAACAAAAGACAAAUUUGAAUCUGUUAUUGGCUCCAUACAAAAGAUUUCUCAGGAAGAUCACAAGUCAAAGGAUAAUUCAAUGGAGUUGACUGGAAGAAAUUAUGAUUUUUCAUCCCUUGAUAAAGUCCAGCUUUCAGAUUUGGAGUGGAGAAAGACACUAUAUUCCACUGACUGUUCCGAAAUAGGGGUUGCAAAUUUAAAGGAAUCAGAAAAUUUGCUUACUUUGAAGAGAUUUUCUAAGCCAAAGAUCAAAAGGCUUGGAAAGGAAUCACAGGUCUUGAAAGAGAAAGAUUUGAUUAAGGGUUUGGGCUCUUCAGUUAGUAUACCACAGGUUUUAUGCACUUGUGCUGAUCGCAUGUAUGCUGGAAUACUGCUAAAUACUCACCUUGCUUGCCCUUUGUCUUCCAUACUUUCAAGUCCUUUUAGUGAAUCAGCCGCACGGUUUUGUGCUGCAUCUGUUGUCACUGCUUUAGAAGACUUGCACAAGAAUGGUGUUCUCUACAGAGGUGUGUCACCUGAUGUUUUGAUGUUGGAGCAAACAGGACAGAUACAGCUGGUCGACUUCAGAUUUGGAAAACAGCUUUCUGGCGAGAGAACAUUCACAAUUUGUGGGAUGGCAGAUUCUCUGGCUCCAGAGAUUGUUUUGGGAAAAGGCCAUGGUUUCCCUGCCGACUGGUGGGCAUUGGGGGUUUUAAUAUAUUUUAUGUUACGUGGUGAGAUGCCAUUUGGAUCAUGGAGAGAAAAUGAACUUGAUACAGUUGCCAAAAUUGCAAAAAGGAAGCUACACCUUCCCGAGAGUUUCAGCUCUGAAACGGUUGAUCUUAUCUCCAAGCUACUUGAAGUGGAAGAAAACAAUAGACUUGGAAGCCAAGGUCCUGAUUCUGUCAAGAGUCACCCAUGGUUUAAGGGUAUUGAUUGGGAAGGAAUUAGAAGCCGCACUUUUCCUGUUCCUCAGGAAAUUAUUUCUCGUAUAACACAAUACUUGGAAGUUCAUUCUGAAGAUUGUAGUACUGUCUAUCCGGGCUCGCCUUUGCAGGAGGUAGAAGAACUUAAUGUGCCUGAGUGGCUUGAGAACUGGUAGAAGGAUGACCAUUACUUUUUGUUUUCUUUUUGAAGUUUGGCACUCCACCAAUAUUUACCAUUGCUUAUCUGGACAAAUUGCAAUCCAAGAAUGCAGUUAACCAGAAAAUGUGAACAGCGCAACAGAUGCAAAAUAUUCCCUAUAGUUUGAAUCUUUUAGUUGCAGACUGGGUAGGGUAGGUUUAUUAGCCUCUUCAUCUCUUCCCUUUUCUAAAUUUUUUUGGGGGUAAUUCCCUUCCCCUGUAAAUAUUAUAUAAGUGUAAAUGAUUGAAUUUGAAUUCAGUCAAUUGCAAUUCAAGCAAGUUAGUUUUGUCAUUGACCAAAAUUCAUACUAAUACAUAAAAGGGAAACUUAUUUU